GGCUCAGAAACAUUAGUGGUCAAAGGCUAUUUCCUGAUGGGUUGCCAUUACAAUUGUUUGAACUGAACCCAAUUAAAAGCUUUUAUGGGUUGGAUCAUAUUCUACAAUAACGUCUUUGUUUAUGAGUGAUUUAUUUUCCCCCAUAAAAACCUGUAUCAAUGUAAUUUUUUUAACGGUUCGGGUGAGUCCAGCUCUUGUCAAGUGAAGAAUGGUCUCGAGUUGUCAGAAACUUACUAGAAGGGAAAGCACAGGUGCUAUAUCUGGCAGCAGCAGCCCCCAACAGGCUGCUCGGAUAACAAACCCAAGGAGCAGCAGAGGAAGAAAAAGCGAAGCCUGUCUGAGACUCAGAAAUGGCAGAGUCAGAGAGCAAAUGUCCCAGUCUAAGAAUAGCAGAGUGAAGGCCUCAGUAGUCUCUCGAGUUGUCCCAGAGACCAAGACCAACGGUAAACCUAUGGCCUUCCGGUCUCAAAAAGAGAUGUUUGAGAAAAUAGAAGAAUCCUUCAAAAUCUGUGCACAAUGUGGGAAGCGGCCGAGUCAACUUUCAAACCCACAGAGCCUGAAGCGUUGUGCAAGAUGUCUAAAUGUUUAUUACUGCUGUAAAGACUGUCAGAAAGGUGACUGGCCCAAACACAAGAAGCUCUGCUCACAGCUGCGUCUGGCUGCCAUUGACAGAGUUGUGGAGUGGCUUGUGUUCAAAGAAGAGCUUCCGUUCCCCACAGAAAAAUGGUCAAAGCCCCAGUCAGAGGUUAAAGGUUGGGAUGACUGGCUUGCGAUGCAGGGAGAUCUCACAGCUCGCCUCGAACCCGUUUUAAAUGGUGCAAAGAUGAAAGACCUGUGGACCAAUGCUGGCAGGCCUCGGCCUGACGAUGAAGACCUGAAGCUGUCGCUGUGGAGAGUCUGCAGUGAGUUCUUCUGCAGACCGUUGACCAUCGCCUGGGGGAUGAGGCUAUUUGGCCUUAACCCUUAUUCCAAACCUCUCACCAUUCACCUGGUGGGAGCAGGCCACAGUGAGACACUGGCAGCCAGACUGACGGACUACGAUGAGAUAAACCACAUGUUCCCCAGACACCAGGGAAUCGAGAUAGUCAUGGUGGGACCAGAGGUGCUGGAUGGCCCCAUUGUGAGGCCUCCACUCAGAGCGUUCGGCCCCAAGCAGAGGGUCUACAUCAGCGCCUACAAGGGGCUCUACCACCAGUUCUGGGAGGAGCUGGUGGAGAAAGAGGAAGCAGCCAAGCCAGACCUGGUGGUGGGAUUUCAUCCUGACUUUGAUGCCAGUCAGGGCCUGGACGACGGCUGGCUUCCAACACUACUGCUCCUCAGGGAUUAUGAGAUUCCUUCACUUUUCACUGCUCUCAAUGAGACGGAGAUGACCUACUCCCUGCAGAUCCUGCUGGAGCUGGAGAUGGACAUGAAGGGAAAUGGAGCCAACCCCUUCUCCUCGCUGAAACCAGAAGUGGUGGGCUCGUGUCCCAACAAGCCUCCUGUCUACUGCAACUCCCACUACUUCUGUUUUCAGGGUCUCCUGGAGACUGUGGAGUUUGAGGAGCCGGACGAGGCCUGAAGGAGCCUCUCACAUCUGGAGCUCUGAUUUUUUCAGACUAAGAAGCAUUGUUUUUACAAGACUGCAUUUUUCUUUUACUGUAAUCAUGUUUUAAAAAUAGCAAUAAAAAUAUUAAUAUUAAAAAAUAA